GGCGAUGAAGUGUUGUACGAAGAGAAUUGGAAUGAAAACCAAGGGAGGAACAUCUGGGAGGGUAGCUCGACACUAUCAGAGCGGUCACCGCACCUGUAGCCAUCGCAUGCAUAAUACAACUGAUAUCGGCCUUGUCAGCAACGCCUCCAAGCGGGGUUCCACCAAUCAGCACGCUCGUACAUCAAAAUAGCUAUCGAAAGCAUGCAUUCCUCCCACAAUUUAGCACAGCGGGUCGCAAAAGGUCCGUUGAUCUGACGAAAGCCACGUCGGUGUUUUGCCGAUGAUGCUGGGCUCUUCUUGACAUAGUCAGGCAGAGAGCGCCACCGGUUUCAACAAAUUCUUUUGCCAGACGGAGAACUAGUGAUGUCCUUCGUGCCUUCCCCCUGUCUCCCACCUGCAAUUUCCAGGAACGAUCAUGUCGGGCUCGACAUCACAGAAAAAGAUUUCCUGGAGGACACUUCCUUCAAUCAGGAUUGAUGUAGGACGCGAUACAAGUCUUGGAACCGCCACCUUCUCAAAGGCUAAGGUCGACUGCAGCCUUUUGAGAAGUUGUUCGAAAUGGGGAACAGUGAGUAAGCCGUCGCCUCAAGCUGUGGGUCUAUUCUAUCUCAAGAUCUCGAUUUACCAGCCUCCCGACUGCCGACUGCGAUACGUCGAAGCGAAGGCUGAAGUUGAUCCUUCAGACUCUAUAGGAGUUGGUAGAGGGCCCUAUAUCUCUGUCUCUCACCCAGGACAAAUAUGUGGGCAGCCAUGGCGCGAAGCGAUCCAGACUCAGUACGAAAUCAGGCCACACGGUGAGGGAGCAGGCUUUGGCGGAGAUCUUGGAGGGGUUUCCAGGAGUGCAGAUUUCGAACGCCAAUACCGCUGGAAUUUCACCCUGCAGAGACAUCCGGAUGAUCGUGGCGAGUACACCAAAUUAGCGUGGAAGUGGGAAGCCCAAGGGAGAGGCGCGUCAGUAGCCUUCGAGCGUCCAAUUCACGCCGCAAUGGUAGUUGGCCAUGACAAUGCUCCAUUUACCAUACAGACUCACAUCACUGGAAAGUUUGAGUCUCGGAGACAUGGCUGGCGGCAUCUCAUGUUCGCGCCUGCUGAAGGUCGCGUUGUACCUCUGGAACCAGACUCGACAAUCGCACCGGAAGACUUAACUGAAACGAUUGGCGGGCUUCAGCAAGCCAUGGAAGAAGAAAAUCGACUACAGGUCCCAGUAGAGAUGCUGGACUUCAGGUAGAGAGCACCAUGUGACGAUUUUCGGAACGUGGGGGAGAAGGGGGGGGGGGGG